GAAACGUUGUCUCUCAACGGCGAACACGCUGCACAACCAAACAAACCCCGUCCGCCGUUCACGGAUCGAUACGACCUCCUCCUCCCACCCAGUAUCCGGCGCCGAACCAACCUUGCAACACUGAACCUCAAAGCUAUGGGUAAGAAGUCACGUAAAGGAAACGUCCGCACGCAAACGCAACGUCCAGCGGCGGGCCAGGGCAAAUCCAAACAUCAAGGAUCCAGCUUGUCGGGUUCCGCGUCCCGGGCUUCGCGAGAAGAUCUUUCGGUCGCCUUUUCCAGUGAAAAUGGUACCGAUGCUGCGAAUCCGACUACGUCGAAGACGCCUGUCUUCAAGUCAAAGAAACCUACAUCUUUACCUAAAUCUGUCAUGCUUUCUCCGGCUUCCACGGCCAACGAAACACUCAGUCCAGACGGUUACGAAAACAACUUCAACUUUGACACGAAUGAGAAAGCACCGCUGCUGGAUAUUCCCGUCACCACGACGACGACCAACAGCGACGUCCUAGCGGCGACCACUAACGUGGCACCUGCCGCUACCAGCGCUCCCGUACUCACCACCGCUAAUACCGUGCCGCCGGAACCCGCCCUGCCAACACCGUCCACCACGACCAAGACGGAGGUGUUACCGCCAAACCGAGUUCUGAUUCUUGUCUCCCAACAAAGCAUGAUACGCACUGUGACAACGAACCAGCAGAAUGCUGUCGUUAUGUUGCACGCGAGCGAUAUUCCAUUUGAGCUAUUCGAUGGCUCGGAUCCGACCAACAAGGAUCGGCGCAACGAACUCUUUGCCUUGAGUGGUAAACGUUGCGUGUAUCCGCAGUUUUUCGUGAUAGAAGAAAGCAAACCAAAACCUCGUUUCUGGGGUGACUAUGAGACCAUGGAAGUUUCCAACGAGAAUGGAACAUUGGCCGAGGAUAUUUUUUCCAAAACCACGGAAACCGCAGAGAAAUCAAACAACAACAAUGGUAAAUCCGUGUGGGAUUCCACAUUGCGAGAGCAAGUGAACAAGAGCAAUCCAGACAACAAAGCGGUGCUGGAUGUUUCUAUACACGAGGAACACGAGGAAGCAAGCAAGUCUGCAGCGGGCCCAGUGUCCAAAUAUGUGCCAGUUUCCACUUCUCGAGUCCUGGACUUGAGCGCGCCAGCACCGGACGAAGCUAAGGCCAAACAGAAGGAUUGCGAAUGCGUCAUUCUCUAG